CCGGCAUUUUUUCGCAAUUUGUUUGGUUCCUGAAAGAGAUUGCCUCCAGAUUAAAAAUUCUUGGUUUGGGUUUGGAGAAGAAGAUAAAGAUUCCUUUCUGGUUCAGAAAAGAUUCAAAUUUUACAGUACUCGUUUCUUGGGUAAGUCCUUUUCUGGAUUGCAAAGCUUAAAGGCCACCAGAGAAUCUUUCUUGGGUCAGCCCUUACAUUUCUUCCUCUGAUCGGUGUUCUCAUUUGCUGUAUAAUCUUCUCUUUGAGGGAAGUAAACCUUGAACACAAUAACAUGACAUUUAGCUUUUUGUAAUUGAUUUUGGUCCCCAUUGUUCUUCUGAGAAUUGCUAUCUACUCCGCACUUUUUAAAAUUUGUACCCUUUGUUCAUUGAUGGCUUUGUGUUUUGGUGUGUUAUACUGCUGCUGCUUCUUAUUUGAAUUCACUUUUGGUUUCAUUCUGCUUGUUAGGCUUGUGGUUUUGAUCUGUAGUACCAACACGAAAUUGAUCUGGAACUCACAAGUUUGAAAAGUCUCAAAGGGUAAAAUACAAAGUUCCAUUCUUGAAGAUGGUUUUCAUGGGUGUUCCUGAAUUUGGAAAAUGGUGCCUUAUGCUCCAUAGUUUGCAGGUUAAGUUAUAUGUGAUCAUGAGACGGUAAUUUAUUAUUUAAAAAAUGGGUUGGCUGAGCAAAAUCUUUAAAGGCUCUAAUCACAAGGUUUCGGAAGGACAAUAUGAUCUCCGUUAUGAUGCACACAAAGAGGAAAAUCAUCCAUCAACUUCAGGGGUACACAUUGCAAGUGUUGAAUAGAUUAAUUGAUUGGGAUCUUAACUAGUGUGCCUAAUCAUAUUGUCAGUUCCCUAACCCUCUUUUACAUUCCAGGACCCCUGGUCAGAGAUUGAAGACACAGACCAUGCUAUUGCAUUGUCCCUUUCGGUAGAUAACCUAAAGGGAAGAGAUGUACUGGGUUAGUGCAAUUUGGAUUAUCUCAUCAUAAUGAGUCUUGUAUGGAAAAAAAACAAACCAUCGCAUACACUACACAAGAUGUUUAAUUUUCUUUAUAGUUCUUUUAUUGGACAUGUGGACAUAAGGUUCAUUGUAAUGGUCUAUGUGGUUUUUUUCCUCAUAUAAGGCUUACUUUCUCUAUUCAGAUUUAGUUGUACACUUUACACAUUCAAUAAAGAAAUUACGAUUAUUUGUCUAAAAUGUCCUAGUGAUAGAGUAUGAGCAUUGUUGACAUGAUUACAUGAAUGCGUGACAAACUCAAUUGAAGCACUUAUUUGACAUUUUAUCUCAUUUCUUAAAGUUGAGAUUUUUUAGAAAGUAGACUACUAAAUCCGGGCAAAGGGAGUAUUUUAAUUUUCCCUGUUGUUGAUUCAAUGAGAAUUUGAAUGUUGGGCAGAUAGUGAAAAACAAUUAAAUGAAGACGAACAGCUUGCCAGAGCUCUUCAGGAGAGCUGGAAUCUCGAUCCCUCAGCAUGGAAAGGAAACACAAAAGACACUGGCCAUGGCGAUAGAUAUGGAAAUGGGCACUUUUAUCAACCUACACCUUUCUCCAAUGCAAUAAGUUUCAGGAUAUGUGCUGGGUGCAACAAAGAGAUCGGCCAUGGGCGAUUCUUGAACUGUAUGAGUGCUUUCUGGCAUCCAGAGUGUUUUAGGUGUCAUAGAUGCAAACAACCAAUAUCUGAUUAUGAGUUUUCUAUGUCUGAGAGUCGUCCAUAUCACAAAACCUGCUACAAGGAGCAUUACCAUCCAAAGUGUGAUGUAUGCAAAAGCUUUAUUCCAACCAAUGCGGCAGGUCUUAUUGAAUAUCGUGCACACCCUUUUUGGUCCCAAAAGUACUGCCCGUUUCAUGAGCGUGAUGGAACCCCUCGCUGCUGUAGCUGUGAGCGAAUGGAGCCACAUGAAACAAAAUAUGUUGCCUUAGAUGAUGGCAGGAAACUCUGUUUGGAGUGUUUGGAUUGUUCCAUUACGGACACCAAUCAGUGCCAGCCCCUUUAUCUUGACAUACAAAAAUUCUACGAAGGGCUGAGUAUGAAACUGCAUCAGGAAGUCCCAUUGCUCUUGGUUGAGAGACAGGCAUUGAAUGAAGCCAUGGAUGGAGGGAAACAUGGUCAUCAUCACAUGCCUGAGACUAGAGGCCUCUGCCUUUCUGAAGAAAGAACAAUCAGCACUACUUUGCGUCGGCCAAGGAUAGGGGCUGGAAGUCGUACCAUAGAGAUGAGAACGGAACCCUAUAGAUUAAGACGCCACUGUGAAGUGACAGCAAUUUUAAUCUUAUCUGGUCUUCCUAGGUUAUUGACAGGAUCCAUUUUAGCUCAUGAGAUGAUGCAUGCUUGGCUUCGACUUAAAGGCUAUCAAACUCUUAGCCAAGACGUCGAAGAAGGCAUAUGUCAGGUGUUGGCUCACAUGUGGUUGGAAUCACAAAUCAAGUCAAUGUCAAAAGUCAACAGGGCAUCGUCAUCUUCAUCAUCCGGACCAUCAUUGACCAGACCGCAAUUUGAGUUGAAACUCGGGGAGUUCUUUAAACACCAGAUUGAAUCUGACACGUCUCUGGUAUAUGGAAACGGUUAUAGGAGUGGUAACCAGGCAGUACUUAAGUAUGGAUUGGAGAGGACUUUGGAACAUAUUCGGAUGACGGGUACCUUUCCUUGUUGAAGGUGAUCUGAUAACCUUAUUUUUCCUUUUUAACAUAGUGAAGUGAAACUUGAGUCUGUUCAUAUUAGCUUUUCCUGGACUAUGCCACCAUGACCACGCAUUAGAUCCUCGGAGCCAUUCUUUAAGAUUUUUCUGCCACGCACGGUCGGAAGAGAGGACAUAUACAAGAACAAAAUUAUUAUUUUUCCUUUUCAAACAUUAUAGUUUAAAAAAAUCAUUUACAUGGUUGAAAUGAUUGUUUUUUUGUUUGUUGAUGAGCAUUUUACUAACCUCAGCAUGAGUUGUUG